CGCAAUACGCAUAAGUAAUCCAUCGUCCAUCAGUGAAAAGCGUUGUGUGUUGUACGGAGAGAAUUAUAGCGGGAAUGCGUGGUGAAAUAAGUGUAUUUGUUGCUUCGAAAAUGCGAAAAAUCGUGCAUCGCGAUACGAUGUAGUUACCGGUAUCCGAAUUUAGUGGAAAUUAUGCGGAAUUUCUAUCCGCGAACAUGGUCGAUCACUCGUAUCGAAUGGACGGAGAGGUUAAAACCCACUUUCCUUCCGGCUUCGCCGAGAAGGUGCAGCACGACUGGGUGAAAUCGGAGAAUCCUGAGACGAUAAUAACGUGCAAGGAUACGAACAAUGUGUUAAUUUUCUCGAACAAGAGUCUCUGUUGCCGUUCGACCAUUAACAAUGUAAUUUUCUGUUGGGACUUUGAGAUCGUGACGAACGGUAAACAGUUACAAAGAAUAGCACUAACCUUGGAUCAGAAUCGCAGAAAUUUUGCAUUGAAAUCUGUUAUGCGUAAUACUGUUAAUAUUGGAAUUACAAAUGGCCAGGAAUGGUACAAUUCAGAAUUGGACAAUUCAAAUGUAAACGAAAAUGCACUAAAGGAAGAGCAUUAUUUAGUCAAAAUUUGCUUUGUUGCCAAUAAAUAUGGCACGUAUCGCCAGAAUGUCAUUUUUUACUUUGGAGAGUAUCCAGUGAUAAUUCAAAAGAUUUGUAUGGAUUCUGUACCAAUCGAAGACUUUACCAGGAUUCACGAAGCGACCAAUUAUCAAUUCUCACAGAAUCCAAAGAUAUGGAAUAAUGGAACGUGCCAGAUUUGCAGGUUUGAUUCACCUUUUGUAUCAACGAAAGACCCAAAGGAGGACAAACUGUCCAUGAUGUAUCCAUAUCCAGAUAGAAGCAAUUUUUUCUUGACUCAAGAAUCUCUCACAGACGAUCGUUUAACUCCAGAAAAUUAUAGAGGUCGUCUUCAUGAGUUAAUUACGGUGGAGGAGCUAGCUCGACAUGAACAGAUAGCUAGAUAUAAUGAAACCUCCUACAUGCGUCUUCAUAGUUACUACGUUUUGACUUCUGCAGGUGAUGGAUCCACCAUUGCCAAAUAUGCACCACCGGGUGAACUCUUUGCUCAGCUGCCGCUAAGCCGCAGUAUCUCAGAAGAUACGAAAAGCGGCAGGCUGUUCCUGAGAGGUUGCAAUAAAGUACUCUUGAAGAGCUUAUCACAAUCGUCGAAUGUAAUAUACGAAGCGUACAUAGAGGAUAAGUGCACGCACACAGUGUACGUUAGAUUGUCGAAAGAGUGUGUGCAUGCGUUAAACUUGACAGCCAAUACGGAUGUACACGUGCAAGUUCAAUUCCUAUUGAAUCGGUUGCCCUUCUGCGAGUGGCACAGGAGCGUGGAUAGUUUGCCCGACAUUGGCCUAGUAUUUCUAAACAAAGCUCACAAAAAUAUGGAAGAAAGUAGUUUUCUAAAUUUGUUAGGCACAAACGCGAGCAGUUUCGGAUUUUCUUUGCUGAACGUAGAACAGGAAAAGGCAUUGGCGGUAAUAACAGCCUCUACUAAUAUCUCCAUGCCACCGAUCUUGCUACUAGGACCAUUUGGAACCGGGAAAACGUUUACUAUUGCUCAGGCACUACGAUUUUUGCUGACAACAAGCUCAGAAUAUAAAAUCCUACUCUGCACACACAGCAACAGUGCGGCAGAUCUUUAUGUCAAAGAAUUCUUCGACGUUUGGUAUAAAUGUGAAAAUAAUCCACGAUUGAAACCAAUCAGAAUCUAUUACAAAGGUAGAUCCAGGAACACGGUACAUCCAGUGGUUCAGGAGUACAGUUUGAUGAAACCGAACGGUACCUUCCGCAAUCCGACCGAGGAAGACCUUAGAGACUGUGGUUUGAUUGUGACCACUUUGGCCACGUCUAGCUCUCUAACCAGCUUAAAUCUAUUGUUCACGCAUAUAGUGAUCGAUGAGGCUGCUCAAGCAUUAGAGUGCGAAGUCCUCAUACCUUUAGCCUUAGCUACCCCACAAACUCGUUUAGUUCUGGCCGGCGAUCAGAUGCAACUUGCGCCAGAAAUAUAUAGUGACCUAGCUAGCGAACGGGGUCUGGGUAUAAGUUUAUUGGAAAGGAUCUAUGGAAUGUACCCACAAACUCAUCCAUGCAGGAUUCACCUGCAUGAGAAUUAUCGUGCUCACGAGGACAUCAUUAAAUUUACCUCGGAGAUGUUCUACGACGGAAUCGUCAAGUCUCCUAGCCAAACACACCACAUAGACAUAAUACAGCACCCCACGUUAAAGCCUUUAACCUUUUAUGCUGUUCAAGGCGUGGAAGUGCAGGACAUCCACUCGACAGGCUACGCGAACAUGAACGAGGUAUUCGAGCUCGUUAACCGCGUGCAGGAGCUGCGUAACAAUUGGCCAACGGAUCGUUGGGGUGCCUAUGGUGAGAAGUCAAUCGGUGUGCUCGUCUAUUACGCGGAGCAGGUGCAGAGGAUUCGUGCGGAACUGAGGGAACGCAGGAUGACGGACGUGUCGGUGGAGAGGGUGUUAAACGUUCAGGGGAAGCAGUUCAUCGCUGUGUUUAUCAGCACGGUGCGUACCAAGCACUGCUGUCGAUACUCCGCGGAGAGGAACGUGAAGGACUAUGGCUUCUUGACCAAUCCCAGACUUCUGAACACUGCUAUGACACGGGCUAAAUGUCUGGUAGCAGUGGUGGGCGAUCCUGUUGCUCUGUUCACCAUUGGUUCCUGCAGGAAGCUCUGGCAGAGAUACCUGGAGAUAGCUGAUUUACGCGGUAUCGACAGGGAAACUCUGAAGUAUCUUUUGAGUCUGGUACCCGAGCUUCCGUUGAUUACACCGCUGAACCCAUUAGCGAGGGAGUUUGUACCCAGAAAUAGCUUUUAUCUGGUGGAGUACGUGCCGGUUCCAAUGCUGUAUCCGGUGUUCCAUUAUCCCUUUUAUUCUGCGUAAGGUCGGCGGGAAUGCUGUGUUGAAGUCGAACGAUCUGGUUGUUGUGCGUCGUUGUUCUUAAAAGUACCGACUUGACUUUAAAUGUUUUAGAUUAUCUUUUCCUCCCUCCCCCCGUAAUCUUAUUGCAUUGGAAGAGAAAAAUUGACUCUGCGGUGCAUUGUUGAUUUAUAUAAGUGAUUUUUUUAGACGAUGAUGGUUUUAUUAUUCAUGGUAUAACGUUGUGACAAUGAAUGAGGAGAUGUUGAGAAUUUGUGGAUCGGUGCAAUGUACCAAUGUUGGAUUAAAAGGGUUAAUUGAUUGAUUAGCUACGAUGUUUUGAAUGUACAUACAUAUAUCUAUAUCACUGUGUCGGUUUUUGGGAUUACUAAUCCUUAGAGUGUCUCUCUUUCUGUGAAUAGAUUUAAGAAAUUAACUAACUGUUACUAAUAGAUUAGAUUCUGUUCUUAAUUUUACGAUGUGUCUUUGAAAAUCUGUCUAUUAUAGAUUGUAUCGUUUCUUUAUCAUUUCAUCUUAUCUGUUUGUCAGAGAUGCAUCUGUGUGGAGACUGUGCAACUUAUGUUACGACACUACAAGUACCGAUAUAUUAUAGAAAUAUAUUUUUUAUUAGUUCCACGUA